AUGGCAGCACCAUGGAACAGCAUGGGUAUCUAUUCAUCUGAUGCCGAUCAUGACAAGAUCGUCGUUGGGCCAUACGAUGAUUCGAGGUAUACGGCAUCUUCAUCUGGCUUCAGUUAUGUUCGACAGCCUUCAACACAACCUUCAGACUCUACCUCUCGUUUGAUUUCCCACCCUCUUCUCUCGCCGCCUGCUGCGAGGGUAUCGCCUGGCCCUUCCAGCCCACGCAGUCCAACAAGUCCUCGAAGCUUUCAGUCUCUCAACAGUCCUUCUAGUCCUGGAUUUCCACUCAGUCCUUUCUACCCUCCAUCGCAAAGUAGCCAGUACCUUAACUCUCCCGUCAGCGAUGGAUUCAACCAGAACCAUGUGUCGGGUGCGACUGACCCGCGAUUCUCGACAAAGCCCUCCUACGUGAUGGAUACGGUCCUUGAGACACCGUACUUCGACACUCCACCUCGCACUCCAGGUGAUACCAGCUUUCGAAGUACCGAUGUCCUGGAACCGACUGAGAUCCCGCUCAACAAUGGAUGGAGGCCAUGGUGGUUACGCCGAAGAGUUACCAGCACCUUCAUUGGUACAUCGAUAAUGUUGGCUGUAAUUGGCGAGGUGGUAAUGUGGUGGCUCACUCAGAAUAAUAUCGAUAGCAGACUCAAGGGUCUUUGGACUUUUGGGCCCGUUGUAGUUGUUUCUAUCAUGGCUAUGCUAUGGGCCCGAGUCGAAACUCAAGCAUUGCUAUAUACACCUUGGAUUGUUCUCGAUGGAAAGCCGACGACUGUUGAAGAAACCCGCCGCAAACAAGGCCACCGGACUGUUCUACUCGAUUAUCCUAGCCUUGGCAGUUUCCAAGCACUCACGACAGCAUUCCAAAACCGCCACCAUCUAGUUGUCGCAUCUAUCGUUAUCAAAUUUCUCCUCCGUGCUCAGAUCGUUCUCUCGACGGCUGUCUUUCAUGCCGAGAUCCAUGUCGAUGGCAGUUCGCUACUCCGCGCUCGCUUGGGUAUCCUCCACGCUAUGGCUGGCACCUUUCUCAUCAUCUCUGGUGCUCUACUUCCAAUGUUGUAUCAUGCUCCCUCGGCCCGGGGAAUAGCACCACGAGAUCCCACCUCACCGGCUGGAACUGCGACACUUCUAACAAGCAGCCAUCAAUUUCUCACCCGCCUAUCAGGUACGGGACACGCCGACAUGGAGACUGUUGGCGCCAGGCUUGCAAGUUCAUGGUACACAACAGAACUCACGCAGCCGGGACGCCGACCGGAAGAAAUGUUUCAGUUGAGGCAACAUGGUGGAGGCAGCGGUCCUCUCAGUAUGAACCCUCCCAAUGUGUCACCAGAGGCAACUGCCACGUACCAACCAUGGACCCAGAGCACUCGUACCAAGAUCAUGGGUAUUGCUGUGUCUGUCAUGUUAAUUGCUGGAAUUUGCGUGCUGUUUGGUCUAAAGGGUGAUGGCGAUGGCCUAGAAGUUGAUGACGGUCUUUUUAUCGUCUGGACAUGCGUACCUGCCAUCAUCUUCGUUGCUGUCGCUGUAUUCUGGACUCGAAUCGAUAUCGAUAAUCGACGUCUAGCACCGUUUUUGAAACUCACAACUGUCAAGCAUCGUUUUCAGGAGUCUCUGGGAUUGUCCUACAUGAACGAGUUUGGCCUUCAUACGGCUGGCAAGGCCAUGAAGAACCAGGAUUGGGCAGUCUUCCUUGCAAAAUGUACAGCGAUGCUCGGUUGGUUAAUGCCAAUUUUUACUGCAGGACUGUUUGCUGUUUCUCAGGUUGCACAAACGGCAAACCUUGAGCUUCGACCUGAGACAAAGUUUGCCUCUACAAGCAAGUCGUUGAGUACCGCCAUUGACAGCGACAUCAUUGACCAGGUCCUUUUACAAGAGAUCCCCAAGUACCCGAGAUGGACUUGGGAAGACGUGGCCCUUCCAGAGGUUUCCCUAGUGGACCAUCCCAGCGAGUGGCCACUUCCAAACACCGAACUUGUGGCUAAGAUCUCUGGCCUCAAGGGUAAACUCAAAUGCGAGACCGUAUCUCUGGAAGGGGGCGAGGGCGCAGACUGGCAAUGCGUUCCUUUUGGUGGAACGAAGAAGAAACCUAUAUGCGGCGCAGACCAAUCUCGCACUGCACUCGUCGCUUCCUCAUGCCCACAGCUUUCUUCUUCGUACUUGAUCAACUAUGUUUGGGGAAGCUGUGCUAGUGAUGGCUUCAUAUCCGUAAUGAUGUGCAACGAAUCACUUGUUGAGGUUGAUGUUCAAACGACAUUCCGCACUGAGGAUUUGUAUAUCAAUACGAACGAGAUUCCUAUCACGAACGCAUCAAGCGAGCAGCCGUCAGAUGUCAAAGCAGAUACCACAAGCGUUUAUGCGGCACUUGAUGACAUUGGCGCCGAUGACAAAAAGUUUAAUGGACUGGACGGCUUCUUUCGUACUUUGGUCCUUUCAAGGCUGUCAACUACUUUGGAGCGCAUAGUGAUGCCCGAGAGACAAAAUUCCGUUUCUCAGGCAAUCCGUCAAAUGCAUGGGAUACUCGCUGCGCAAGCUAUUAACAGUGAGUUGAUACGGCGCCCCCUGGCUAAAAAGCUGCGUGUUCGUGAUGAUUCUCAACCAAUCAUCCCGGCACAUGUCGACUAUGUUAUCCCACGUUUGACGCAAGGCAGUAUGCAAACAUUUGUUCUCAUUGGCUUACUUGCAUUCACGCUUUUGUUCGGCCUAUUAUCCCUUCGCACGGCAUCUCGUGGUACACUCCCAAAGAGUCCCGGAAGCAUCGCCGCACAAGCAAGUCUUCUUGCGGACUCGUCCUUGUGGUGGCGCCUCCCAGACGGUGCGGAAUGGAUGGAAGACGAUGACCUGGCCCGAUGCCUACGCCGAAAAACCUUCCACCUUGGAUGGAGUAGAGGGCCCUCAGGUAACCAAAGUUAUGGUAUCUACAUCGUGCAAGAUGAAGGAAAAGCCGCGCGACCAGCCGGCGUAUCGCAGACGACUACCGACAACAGCGGAGAAGUAGGGGACGUCCGAUAUAUCAGCAUGGCGCCUGGCCUCUACUCAUACGGGGAUAUCAAAUCAUAUUAA